UCGUGUCCAAAGCUAUGUGUAGCCGUGUCGCAGUGGAGCGCCGCCGCAGCCACAGGAGAAUUCAACACACAGGUGCUGGAAACGAGUUCCCAUUCCAUUGGGUCUUCUCGCAGCUCGAAUUUUAGGACAUUUGUUUCCGCCACCGCUGGAAAAAUUGAAGCUUUUUUGCUCGAUCUGCUCGAUCUCGUCAUGGCGAUGUCAAUGAAGCGGCCAAUGCUCGGCAAUCGAUCGACCAAGCUCGUCCAACCGGUUUGCAAGCGGCGAGACAGAGCCGAUACGAACUCUCACCACUACAGGGUCACUCUUGUCACUCCACCUCCCAAAAACUUGGGAAUACACUGCCUUCCAUCGAACACCCAAUGUGGUGAGACAGUCACAGUUAGUGGAGAGUCCUACAUUGUCUCGGGCGUCGUCUACCAAUACCAGCUCAAGAAAGGAAGGUAUGCUCCAAGCGCGAAGAAGCUCGAAGUUCAGCCGACUGGACGAUACAUUCUCAACAUGUAUCUCGACAGUCUUCUCCCGGAUUCCUGAAAAAAAAAACAGUGGACCACUGCCAAGAACAGUUUUGGUUUCCUUGAAUCGGAUCGUUUCAACGCUUUGAAUCCCCUGGAAACAAAGAUUAAAGAACUCCUAUCCUAUCUAGCGCUGAGAGAAAACAAAGAUAAACUUACGCUUA